AUUAUGAUCAUUACACACUUUUUACUUCACAACCUGAUAUUAUAUUUCAUUUAUCUAACAAAUUAGAGCUGUUUAUACUCGAAUAUUCCAUCUACACACACACCCAAACCAGGUCUUAUUAACACACAGCACUUUUCUUAGUUUCAUUUAUUUACUUAUUUGUUUGUUUUCAUUCAGGCUACAGAGUUUUACAUUAAAUCCUGUAAAUGAAAGUGAGCGAUUCGGCUUAAACUCUUACACUGGAAAAAAAAAAAAACCCUGCAUUUAAUGAAGAAUUUGUGCUUUAAUGGAGCUGAAAUUGAUGAAGGAAAUAACGAAUAAAGGCUACAGAGAAAGAAGGACAGGAAGAGAAAUGAAAGAAAGAAAGGGAUUAAAAGAGAGAGAGAGAGAGAGAGAGAGAUGUUUAUAUUUCAGAAUAGAGUUCCUUCAUAGUGAAAGUUGUAGAGAAAGGAAGAAGGAAAAAAGAAGGGAAAACAAAUAGGAGAACAGGAAGGAGAGAGAGAAUUACAGGGGAAAAGAAUGAGGAAGAGGAGGAAAGGAAAGAGAAAGAAAGAAGCUUGAACGGUUCCCACACCCUGAGUAGACAAAGGAACGUCAGAUGUCCCAGAUAAGAAUGUGGAUUCAGAAUGUGGAUCUGAUUUCCAUCAUGCACUGCAGAAUGGAAAAGGGUGGAGCCUGUAACAGAUUAUGGAUACAUGUUGAUGAGAUGAGAUGUCUGACGGAGGUGGAGAGGAGACGAAAACGACGACGAUGACGACGAUGAAGAUGAAAAGGAGUGCAGUGGCUGUGGGCCGUCUGGAGGUUCUGCAGAUCUACAAGCUCCUGCAGUUAGUGCGGGAGAGAAAUAAAACGCAGGUGGAGAAGAUGGUGCGUCUCGGUGUGCCCAACCUGAUCAAUAUGACAGAACCGAGCGAGGGAACCGGUGUCCUUCACCUGACCUCCAUCUCCAACGACCUGGACAUGGCUGAGUUCCUCCUGUCUCUAGGAGCUCACCCUGAUGUCCAGGAUAAGAGAGGACGCACUCCGGUCAUACUCGCCGCAGAACUCGGUCAUGACGCUAUGCUGGCUCUCCUGGCAAAGAACCACGCUGACAUGAACCUGGUGGAAAACGAGGGGAAAGGAGUGCUGUUUUAUUGCAUCUCUCCGUCAAAGAGGCACACAUGCUGCCUGCAGGUGGCGCUCAACAGCAAAGCCGACAUCAAUAACGUGUCCAACGCAGGGAAACCGGUGUUCCUGCUCGCCUGUGAACACGCCGAGCUGUGCGAGAACAUCUGCAUCUCGAUUUUAGAGAGCGGAGCCGAUCCUAACGCCACCGAUCAGGUAACAGGGCGGACGGCUCUGAUGGAGGCGGCGAGGGCGGGCUCAGUGGCGUUAGUGAGACACAUCCUGCAGAGAGGAGGAAACCCAAACACGGCGGAUAAACAGCAGCAGAACGCCACUCAGCUCGCCGCAGCCGGAGGAUUCUUCCAGGUGUUGCGGGUGUUGUCAGCAUACCAGGCAGAUUUCAGUGCGGUGUGUGUGGAGGGAAACUCGGCUCUGCAUCUGUCUGCAGCUGGAGGUCACACUGAGUGCUGCAGGUUUCUGGCACAGAGAGGAUGCAACCCGAAGCUGAAGAACAUGAACGGUUUGGUUCCACGUCAGAUCGCAAAAGCACACGGCCACAAGGCGGCGCUGAAGGAGCUGCAGAAGGCAGAGCGAGUGUUUACAAAGUUCUCCAAACCUGGCACGGUUAAUCCCAACGAGCUCUGGGCUCUCACGCUGCAUGACUGGUCAUGUGAACAUGAAGAAGCGUUGAGGAAAGCCUUCCAGCUCGCCCAGGAGACCGACACUUCUGUGGAGAAAGUCUCGAGGGAGAAGUUUGCGUACGUCCUGCAGGAACAUCACGCUCCCGUAGAUCAGGAACAUCUGGAGAAGAUCAUCGCUGACCACGACAAGAAGCAUGAAGGUGUGAUUAACAUCAGCGACUUCUUCAAGGGACUGCAAUACCUUCACAAAGCGUUCGUCCUGUCGUCCUACGAACCCAAGACGAAGAAGAAGAAGAAAGGCAGAAAGGGCAGGAAAGGGAAGACGAAGAAAGGGAAGUCUGUGGUUCCUCUGUCCAUCUGCACGCUUCCUCCUGACAUCAUGGGGAAAAGACCGGAUGGUGGUCCGCAGUUCAUGAUUGAGUCUUAUCAGCCGUUCACCGAUACGAAGCGAUUCGACCGUGACCGUCCACCUUCUCACCCCGUGGAGGACGACUCGGCCUGGUACGUUGACGAGCCGCAGAAGGUCUACACCAACAUUAACCGCUGUGUCCGAUCCGGAGACUUCGAGUCGCUGUGUUUAGCAUUCAGUCAGCGUCUCCCUGUGGACAUUAGAGACCGCUUCUACAAAACACCGCUCAUGGCCGCGUGCAGCAGCGGCAGCUACGAGAUGGCCGAGUUCCUCAUCACGCUCGGGGCGGAUGUGAAUGCAUGUGAUCAGUUUAAGUGGACUCCUCUUCAUCACGCAUGUCACGCAGGACAGCAGGACAUCAUGGAGCUGUUAGUGAAACACGGAGCGGUGGUGGACGCCGUGGCGUUAAACGGAGCCACGCCCCUAAUGAAGGCCAUUGAGAGCUGCAGACUCAGCUGUGUACAUCAACUCAUCACAUCCAAUGCUAACGUACAGGCCACAAACAACAAGGGACAGAGUUGUUUGGACAUCGCCCGUGUGUACGGAGACGAGAGAAUCAUUGAUUUGGUCAAAACAAAGUUCGACAGCCUUCCCAAGUGCAAAGAUAAUAAAAAAGGAAAAGGAGGAAAAGUGAGAGCAGCACCUCAGAAAGCAGCACCUGAGAAAGCAGCACCACCUACAGGAGAGAAGAAGACACUGACAGAGAAAGAGGCUGAAGCUGUCUUACUGGACCUGAAGGAGAGAAGAGUGAAUCUGAAAGAUCACAUCAUAACUGUGAACCAGAACAUCACCAUCACCUCCAACACACACGACAUUCACUUCACACCUAAAACUGUGUGGGGGAGGAGGUUAGCAUCGUCUGCUCAGCAUAUGGAGCGGAGAGUGGACAGGAGGAAUCGUCUCUCAUAUGAAGUGGACUUCAGUGACUUUGUGAUGCCGUUUAAUAAAAAUCUGAUGAGGAAGCUGAGGGAAGUGGGUGUGGCUGAGGACCAGUAGAUGAAUAAAGCAAUAAAGGUAUCAAAUUAAAUGCAUCAAUAAAAGGGAAUAAAAAGUCCGUAUUUAUCAUUUACUGCUCGUUGUUCGUAAAAGAAAAAUUGUGGAACAUUAGUGUGAGAGGUGGGCGUGACUGAGAGGGUGGGUGUGACCAAGGGGGUGGACGUGUCCAAGAAGGUGGGUUUGACCGAGGGGGUUGGAGUUACCAAGAGGGUGGGCGUGUCCAAACAGGUGUGCAUGUCCGUGAGGGUGGGCGCGACAGAGACGAUGGCCGUGACAGAGGGUGUGGGUAUGUUCGAAAUGGUGGGCGUGCCCGAGAUUGUGGGCGUGUCUGAGAGGAUGGGUGUAACCGAGAUUGUGGGUGUGAUCUAUGGGUGGGCCUGUCUGAGGAGAUGCUGUGAGCGCUGUAGUGUUUCCUGUCCAGAGUAAAAAUAACCGGGAUUAAGACGAUGAUGAGAAAUCCAUGAUGAGCCUCACUGAGGUCCAAACCACACACUGAGAACAACACCUGUCUCUCUGCACCAUGUACUGUCCUCAUCACUGCACACACACUCAUACACACCCACUCACACACACACACACACUCAUACACACACGCUCAUACACACUCUCAUACACAUACACACACUCAUACACUCAUACACACACUCAUACACUCAUACACACCCACUCACACACACACUUAUACACACACAGUAAAAGUGGAGAAAUGAAUUAAACACUAGAUGACUCCAGCACUGUCGAUAUAUAUUAACAACAGAGUCUUAAACUGAGUGUAAUAUGAAUAGUGUAAGGUCUGUGUGUGUGUGUAUGUGUGUGUGUGUGUGUCUGUGUGUGUGUAUCAUGUUGAUGCUGCUAACACCACAACAUCCAGCCUGGUGGAGAAAGCACUAAAACACUAAAAAGACACAUGUUCCAUCAAACCCCCGCACUGCUUUGUGCACAGUUCUGUCAGUGUUAAGUGUAAUGUGUGUAAUAUUUCUUGUUUAUUUGAUGUUCUGUUGUUUAGCUUUUCUUCUCCUUCUUUCUCCUUCUUUUUCCUUCUUUAUUUCAUCUUAAUAAAUCUCA